CCAUGUGGAUCCAGGCCAGCGUCCUGCUGCUGCUGCUCGCCUGCUGCCCUCAGUCAGCUGAGGCUCAGAGCGUCAGGAGGCAAAGCAUCUGGGAAGAUCCCAUCAAAUUCAAAACCAAGGACAAUGACGUCUGCAACAUGAUCAUCACGGGUCAAGGGGACUUCACCAGGCUGAGGUUGUCCUGCCAGGGCAGCAAGCGCUCCUACUGGUGUGAAUACCUGGGCACGCCUCAAACCUGCCGCUCCUACAGCAAAAACCCUCGUCACUACUUCAUCCAGAUGAUGUGGGGCCUCAGGAAGCUGCACAACGCCUGCCAGGCACCGAGGCAGAUCAAACCUCACAUGUGCAGGAUGGCAAGUGAUGACUCUCAGAUGGUCUUCUCAUCUUCCUCCUUCUCCCGGCCGUGGUCAGAGGGGGCUUCCAGAACAGGAAGGCCUGCAAGACCUCCUGCACCUACGAGGCCUGAUUCACCAAGGAAACCCGCUCGAGUCACAGCGAGGGUAAGGACCACACAGAGAAGCAGACCACAGCCAACGACACCUCCUGCUGAGACGAACGCCAAGAGGAUGGCUCGGCAGUACUGCUGGAGGUCGCUUCAAGGCAUCUGCGGCUACGUCAUCGGAUUGUUUCGGAACUAACGAGGAGGAUGUUUAAAUUCUGAUGAAGAUAACUUCUGCUGUCUGAUUAAAUCGCCCUCGGAGGGAAACUCCAGACCAGAAGUGUGUCGACUGAGCUAGAAGAACUGUAGCGCUCUCCUCAGGGGAAGGGAUGGUACUGCUGUGACGUCCAGGCCGGAUUUAUUACUGAGGCCUGCGUGCAUCAUCCUCCAAAUGUCACAGCGGGAGAAAAACAAAAAAACGUCUCAGAUGUGUAAGAACAAAUGUUUAGCUAAAUGGUUCAGACAGGAAGUUCUAGGUUACAGCAUCAUGUGAGCCCAGCACAGGAGAGACCACCACUCAUGUGUCACUUAUUUGGACUUUUGUUUGUUAACUUGUGUACUGCAUCAUUUAAUACUACCUUGAAUAUUACAUCACAGUAAAGUUGUUUUGUGUCUGAAGAGGCCGACAUGUGACACGUGUACUGAAUGUGAAAAUGAUUGUAUCAAAUAAAUAAAUAAAUAA